UAAUUCUGUCAUGUAUGAAAUAAGUACCUAAUGAUUUCGUGAUAUAUAUAAAAUGAAUGAAUGGGUUAUCAUCUCCGAUCACGUGUUAAAAUCAGACAGAUUUAACAGUUUUAUUGUGUUACUGGAAGGGGAAACUCGUCGACUAGACUAGACUCGGAUUUAGUAAAAUGAGUAAAGCAAAGCCGAAUCCAGCCAAAUUGGCGCUACGUGAUGAGAUAUCGAAGAAAAUCGCAGCCCUGUCUCCAGAAGAGAAGAAGAGACAGUCCGAGAUAGUUUAUCAGAAGCUCAUCAACCACCCAUAUUACAAGUCAUCAAAAAGGAUCUCACUCUUCAUGAGCACUGACCAAGAGGUCGACACAGCGCCGAUAAUUGACAACAUCAGGUCUCGUGGGGCUGCCGCCUUCAUUCCACAGUACGCCGGUGGACGUAUGAAGAUGCUGCGGAUGCAGCUGGGUGAUGAAGAGGUGAUGCCGCAGACCAGGCACGGGAUACAGCAGCAUUCGAAGGAGCAGGUUCGAGAUGAUGCUCUGGAGUCAGGUGGUUUAGAUCUAAUAAUAGCCCCAGGUGUGGCCUUUACGCGCUCCGGCGAUCGACUUGGACACGGAGGCGGGUAUUACGACAAAUAUCUUGCUGGAUUACGAGACGAUCCUGCAAAUUCACUUAAGGUGGUAGCAAUAGCCUUCAAUUGUCAGCUAGUGGACAAAGUGCCAGUGGAUGCACAUGACCAAAGAAUGGAUGAAGUUAUAUUCGCGGAAUAAUCUAAUUUCUAAUACUGACUCGAAAGUGAUUGUAUUGUGAUAAUUAUUAUGAUAUUGUAACUUAAAAUAAACUUGAAUCAUGUCAAGUGUUACUCGAAUCGAUACUAUGUACUUAUUAUGUUGUAAACAUUAAUAGAUGUAAUGCAUUUCAAAUAUACAUUAUUAUAUUUUACAUAACUCAAUGAGGUUAAUUUUCCAGGUAGUUGAUACUUGAUAAUAUUUCGAGAUCAAAAAUAAUUUUAUUUUUAUUAAAAUAAAACAACAUAUUUGUUUCAUUUAUGUUUAAAUUAUGUUAUAUGUAAAUAAAUUAUGCAACCGUAUAACUGUU